AUGGACCUACUUUCUGCCGCCCUUUCUUUCCUCGUUCUUCUCUCCGCUUCCUCACUCUGUCUAGCGUGUGUGGCUUUUCGGUCGUCCGAUAUUGGCCUGCCACCACCGCGGCUACAUCACGGCUGCCGGCGUUGGUUUAAAAUCGUUGAGUCCAUGCCCACGAUAGAAAUCUCCUCUGUGAUGCCACCCUCUGCCAGUCAGAAUGCACGCCAACUCGGUCGGGCAUUGUUGAUAAGUGGUAGUGGUGGUGAUGAUUUGUGUGGUGUGCAGUUUGUCCGAUUUGCCUGGGCGGCUCUUUCUUUCGGUACCUUUUUCUUUCACUUGCCCCCAACUGCUACUCAACGCCAGAUGAGUCAGUCGGUAACAGGAGUGCACGAGCCUCCAAAUGUUGCUGGAACCCAGUUAGUGGUGGCGAUGGCGGUGGGAAUCAAGUUACACCAGACUCGUGCGCAAACUCGCCUCCUUCAAGUCCUGUUAACACGUGGCGUCGCUGCCGCUAAAACAGGCUCUACGGUUCUUGGGCUAGGCGGGCUCUGCUUUUCUCUUCUCGAUACCUAA